CGCCGCCGCCGCCCCGACCGCGCCGCCCCCGCCACCAGGAGCUUGCACUGCGCGGUAGUGAGCUGCACGUGUGGGUGCCGGCCACGGUGGGCGCGCCGGCGCGCCAGUUCCUGCUUCGCUGCCCGAGCGGCUCGCCCGACCUCGACCAGGUGCUCUGCGUGCUGGAGAACAGCGGCCCGGCCGGCCUGGACGAGCUGCUGCAGGACAUGGCCUGCGCGCCGACCGAGUCGGAGGAGCCGGCCGUCGACGGCGAACCGGUGCGCACGACGCGCGCCGAGCUGCCGGCCGAGCCGUCGGCCGCGCCCCCCGUCGCCGGAGGGCGGGCCAGAGCUGCGUCUGCGCGACGGCCAGAUUCAGCUGAGCUUCGAGCCGACGGAGCCGGCCGGCCAGGUGCGCGAGGUGGUCAUCAGUUACGAGGGCUCGCGCCCCGACGUGCAGGCGCUGGCCGAGCGCGUGCGCCAGCUGGGCGUUGAGGACCUGGGCCGGCUUGAUGAGGUGCUGGGCGAGCUGGCCGGCGAGGUGCUGCAGGACGAGACGGUCGAGGAGGUGGACGCCUCCGGCCGCCGGGUCAUCCGCCGUCGGAAGGUAGUCCGCACCGAGGAGUCGAGCCCACAGUACGAGCCCACUCCCGCCGCCAAACAGCCGACUAACGCCAAACCCAGUCUUUCAACGGGACCGGACGACGUGAACAUCGAGAUCAACGGCCAGCAGGUGGUGCUGACGCUGAGCUCAGGCGGCCAGCAGCAGGAGGUGACGGUCACGCUGGAGGGGGACAACCCAGACCUGGACGAGCUGAAGGGCCAGCUGAAGACCCUGGGCUUCUUUACCGCGCCGCAAGUCACGCACAUUAUGAAGGUGAUCACGAAACACGUCGAGGGCAAAACGAAGAAGAACGGAGGGCGCGCUGAGAAACAGCCCACAUCAAACUUCCAGCGCGCGGGUUCCACCCGCGGCUCAACACGGGGCUCGACGCGUGGUUCCACCCGCGCUGCCCCUUCGCGCAACAAGGUGUCCGAGAUCUCCAAACGGUUCACCACCACUGCAACGCACACGGUGGCAAAGCCAGACGGAAGUGAGCCGAGCUCGCGGAGGUCCAAGCCGGAGGAGCCGACCACCAGCCGCGUCACGCGCCGCGUCGAGACGACGAUGACGCGCCGCGCCGCGCCCGCUCGGGACGCGUCGCCGACCAAGCGCUCCGCCGGCACGCCGUCCAAGCCGACAGGGCGCGGCCGCGACGCCUCGCCGACGAAGCGGGAGCCGGAGCGGCGACGCCGGCCGGACCGCGGCGAGCCCAACGAGCCUGCCGAGGGGCGCGUGCAGCUGCGCGACGGCGAGGUGGUGAUCGACCUGGGCGAGGGGGCGCCCGGCGCGCGCCACCUGGUGGUCGAGUACGACGGCUCGCGGCCCGACCUGCAGGCCAUCCAGCGGAAGCUGCGCGACGUCGGCCUCGACAACCUGGACGAGAUUGAGCGCAUCCUGGCCGGCGUUGAAGGCGACGUGGUGGAGGAUGUGCGCCGCGAGGAGACGGCCGACGACGGCAGCCGCACCGUUACGCGCACCAAGGUGAUCAAGACGCGGCGACCGGCGCCGGCCGACCCGCCACCGCGCACUGGCUCGCCGGAGAAGCGGCAGCCGCUGACGCGCUCGGCGCCGGGCCGCGCGUCCGGCCGGGCGGCCGGCCGCGUCGUGGCGCCGGCAGCCGGCCGCGUGCCGUCAAAAAACGAAGCUAGCAGCCCUCGGCGGUCUGAGGGCGCGCCGCAGCCGGAGGAGGAGAGGACCGCAGUGGACCACACCACCUGGGAUGUGCCCGACAACGUGGACGUCAGUGUGGACGAGGCGGGUGUGCUGCUGACGGUGCAGCCGGCCGCGCUGCAUGAGCGCCACCAGCUGCUGGUGACCUACGAGGGCGCCGCGCCCGACGUGCCGCAGGUGCAGGAGCUGCUGCGCCGCGUUCGUCGCCACGGCGCCGCCGACCUGGACGCCGUGCUGGCCGGCGUCGCCGGCGAGCUUCUGGAGGAGUCGGACGAGGAGGUGGAGAACGAGGACGGCAGUCGCUUCGUCCGGCGCCGUAAGGUAGUGCGCGCUCCGCCUCCGGAGGACACUUUCGUGUCCGAGACAAAGUUGCAGAUCGAUGUGGAACCGACGCGACCGCCGCCGGUGGAAUUCAACAUUAAGCUGGAGAAUGCUGAAGUAGAGGCAGUGGAAGACAACAACAUAAAGCUCAAGCCGACAACGCGGUCGGGCGCCAGGCCGACCCAUACCAGAGAGACGCGGGAUGCUCGAACCGCCGACGCCAGCGCCAGGGAGGCCAGGGCGAUCUCCGCCGGCUCCUCACACCAGUCCUCUCGCCGCAGCAGUUCGCGUCCGCGAGAGGACAAGAGCCGGCCCGCGGCCAGGGAGCAGCCGGCCGAGAUGGGCAGGAGCGCCCCCAAGCGUCCAUCGGUGGGGGCACGGCCGACACGACCUCGCGCGGCCAGCCCGGUCAAGCCGGCGUCCCGGCCAGAGGAGGGCCAACCCUGCAACCGCACGCACCAGCACGCGCCGGGCGCCGUCUGCACGCGCAAAGCGCCGCUGGACACAGGCCUGGCGGAGCUGCGACGCCGACGAUCGUCGCAGGGCAAGACGGAUUCGGCCAGUCCGGACCCGGAGAAGCCGGCGCCGAGGCGCGGCUCCGGACCGGCGGCCAGGGCUGUGCCGGCGCCGGCGAGGACCCCCGCCAGGAGGAGCCGUCAGGAGGCGCCGCCGUCCGCCAGCAGCGAGAGCAGCAGCGAGAGCGACACCGAGUCGGUCACCGAGGAGUUCGUCUACUUCAGCAACAAGGAGGACUCGCCGGACCGUCCACUGCAGGCGGACCGACGCACCUCGGCCGCCGAGAGCGUGUCCGACCUGACCGCGGAUGACGACCCCGGUGAGCGGCGGUCGCCGAGCCCGAGCCGAGAGACCGAGCCCGAGCGGCGCGACGGCUCGCCUCGCGCGAUGGACGGGCGUGAUAGUCUGCCGCGCAGUGAUAAAGAGCGCCAGCAGCGCACCAUGCACCGGCCAGUUGAUGAGGCCUCUGAACCGCAACUCCCGGGACAGACUGACGGCGAGGAGCAGCCGGCCAAAAAGCAGCCGACCAAGAAAGCGCCGCCGGUGCUGGCCAAGCCCCGUGUGACGCACGAGCCCACCACGGAGGAAAAUCAUGGCUCUGACGACGAGCCGGCCGUCAAGUCUGUCCGCAACAAGCUCUCGCUGUUUGAGCACAAGAUGCAGGCGGUGACACGAACGGCGACCUCCGCGCCUAAGUCGCCUCGGACACCGAGAAAGACCACCAUCUGGGACCGGGGCGCCGUGGCGGAGGAGCCGACCUCUCCGACCAUUGGCCAGGUACCGCGCACGCCCGAAUUCUCCCGCAGGCGAGACCUGUUCAACACAAGCGGCGGGAGAGCUCGACCGGACUCCAGCGAGCGGUCGGUGCGCGGGGCCGACGCCGUUGACCGGAGGCAGGAGGAGGAUCUGCCGGAGGCCGCGGGACAGCCGGAGGUCGAACGCACCGAGCCGUUGGACGAGCCGCCCAAGAGAGGUCGGCUCGACUCCCGCGGAUCACCGGAGCCGGAGCCGGAGCCGGAGCCGGAGCCUGACCGGCGGGACUCCAGCGAUAGGCGAGAUCAUGACACAUCUGACUCCUCCAGGGACGCUGUUCAUAGUGACCGCCUCAGCUCACCAAAAGACAAGCCGGAAGACGUUCCCGACCCAACUGACGCGGUACGCCACCAGCCGGAGUCAACCAGUGAGCCACACCACGAGUCUCCCGAGCCCGACGAUAGUCAGAGCACUCCUCGUCGCGACAGAGAACAGGAAUCUCUGGAGUCUGGUGAUGGUGACGAGCGUCGUAAGCUGUCCAGGGACGAGCACAGGGCGGAGCGUGGGCGGCCAUUGCAGGAACAGAAGCGUUCUCCAGCAAAGACAAAGGAGAGGCCCGAUGACGAACAGGAUAAGAAGGCACCCGGCAGGGUGCGCGCGCCGGCGAAGGUGGCCGCACGGCAGCCUGGCUCGUCAGGCCGGCGGGCGUCAGCGGAUCCCGAUCCCAAAAAGAAGCUGGCUGACAAACGAGAGCCCGAGCCCUCCAGAAAGGAGAAGCACACGUCUGAGGCGCCGCCUGGGCGGAGAAACAGCAGAAGGAGCAGCCAGGAAGCCACUGCGAGGCCAGUUAACAGCCAUGUUAACAAACGAGAGGAGAAAGGCAGCCCUCCCGACAAAAAUGUCGGGCGAAGGCUUACAAAGAAAUCAUCUGCUGGUAGCAUCACGCCCGAACGCAAACCCUCUUCCGAAUUAAAGUCCUCUCCGCUGAAGUCCAAAUCGCGGGUAACUCCCCAUAGGGACGUUCCCCGCCAGGAGCCAGGGCCGCCUGCUGAGCACAGGAAGUCUCCGUCUCCGGUCAGAGACGCCGACUCGCCAUCUGAGGAGCCAGCCGACGACUUCCAGAACACGGUGCACGUCGAGAUCGUGGACCGCAGUCCCGUCGGUGCCACGGACCAGGUCGAUGAGGUGCAGGAGCGCUCGCGCAGCGCGAGCCCGUCUCCAGAGCGGCCGGACCUCGGCAGCGACGAGCUCCGCAAGAAGGCGACGGGGUCCGGCCUGCUGGACAAACUGACGUUCCUGAAGUCGGCCGAAGAUACGAAGGAGACCAAGAGCGACGGCGUGCCGUCUCCUGACGUUCGCUUCAACGAGGACGAUCAGCCGUUCGGAAACAACCGACGCCAGUCGCGGCCGACCAGCGAGACCAGCUCAGCGCAUGAGCCUAGCCCGCCUGCGUUCCGACGGCAGCCCAGCUUCAAGUCGUCCCGGUUGGCCAAGGCAUUCGAGAAGUUCGAGAUGCGCUCGCACGGCUCGUCGCCAACUCGCGAGUCACCCAGUCCGCGCAAGAUCCGCCUCGAUCGCAGUGACUCGGUGCACAGAGCGCGCGACAAGUUUGAGCACCUGGCGCACGAGGAGCCGGCGCCGGUCGAGCCGCGGCCGGUGCACACGCGCGCCUCGCCAGAGAAGUCGGUCACCGUGAUGCGCGCCCAGAUCGAGAUGGACCGGACGCCGGCCGAGCUGGCGGCUGCGCGUCCCUCGCCCGCUCGGAAAGGAUCGUUCUCGCCGGAGCGGGAGUCACCCAAGGCGAUGAACGGACGUCGAGAGAGCGGCGAACAUCCCCAGGUCCUCUCCCAGGACCAGCUUCUCAAGCACGAUGUUGAAUCAGACGUUGAGUACCAAGAGGAUUCGUACACAGACGUGAAGCACGCGCUGAAGCAGGGGAAAUUCCCGUAUAAGCGGAUGGUGAGCAGCUCGUCGCUGGCGUCCGAGAGCAGCGAGCAGACGCGCGUCUCGGUGGACGAGGCACGCAAGCUGAACCGCGCCGACUCGAUCCGCAGCGUCGAGCAGGUUUCGCGCGAGCCAUCCCCUCAGAAGCAGGUGGCGCCGGAGCCCGAGCGUGAGCCGGAGCCGGAGCCGGAGGCGGAGCCGGAGGCGGUGGAGGAGCCGCGGUCAGCACGACUGGUGGGGCAGCUGGCGCGCGAGCAGAACCGUUCGUCCUUCCGCAACGUGACGCGGCUGUCAAAUCUGCGUUACAACCCGGGCAGCGAGUUCAUGGACGAGCUGUUCCCGAGCUCCGAUGGCCGGAAGGCCGACCAGGCGCCCCCCGCCCCUGGGAAGCCCGCCGCUCCGGCCGCAGGUACCGCCGAGAAGGUGCCGUCCCCGGCGCGAACGCAACCCUCGCCGGAUGCGGAGGUGGACGAAAAGCCGGGGGACAGGGACGCGCAGCGUCAGCCUCGCAGCCCUCCCAGGGAGCGUCAGGAGGAGUAGCGUCCCGAAGCGACCGGAGGAGAAGCCUUCACGCUCUCGCCACCAGCCGCGCAGAUCUCUGGAGCCUCAGGAGCUAGAGCUGGACACGGACAGUCAGUCCAUGCCCACGUCGCAGGAUAAGCGGCCCAUAGAUGAGAUCGACGACCUGGCGCUGCUGGAGACGCUGCUGGAAAAGGCAAAAAAUUAUGACGAAAGAUUCAAACUGCGCACGCGGAUCAGGAUCGUGAAGAAGAAAACGACCGCCACGUCGACUAGCUCAUCGCUGUUUUCCAAAAACACAGCGCGUCCGAGAAGUC